UGUAAUUGUGCAUGCAUAUAUCGGAUCAAUCACUUGCCCUUUACCGAUCCAAUCAAAUACCACUGCACUUCCAAUACUAAUACCCGUACAUACUACAUAUGUACCUCAUCGUCGCAAUCCACUCUUCUUACUUACAUUUUGUAGGUAGGUAAUUAACUUACUACGAAACUACUCAAACCACCUACCGACAAGACCUUGAUCGUCACACUUCUAGACAAUAUGGGCGGUGGUUCUAAAGUUCCCUACCCCAAGCAUGUCUGGUCUCCGGCCGGUGGUUGGUACACACAGCCGAGCAACUGGAAGUUCAACACUGCCAUCUUCAUGGGCGUCAUCGUCGGCAUCUCCGCCUUAACGUGGAAACUGAGCGCCGAGCGAGAAUUCCGAUACAAGAUGCCAGAACCAGGCCGAUUCUACCCCAGUCGAAACUGGACUAAACAGAUCAGGGAGCAUGAGGCAGCGCAAGAAGCGGAUAAGACGGAAAAAUCAUCAUAAAGCUAGCUAGCAUCGUCUCGGACAGAAAAUGCAAAAAAAAAAAAAAAAAAAAAAAAAUGAAUUAGGUUUUGAAAUGGUGGUGGAAUAUGAGCAUCGUGCUACCUUAUGAAUUAUCCUAUGAAUUAUGAACUUGGGAAUUGCCUCUUGCUUGUCCUUAGGUGAGAGUU